AUGACUUCAAAAGACGUUUUCUCGUCCUCUUUUUCAUCCGUCAUUUCAGCCAGCUUUCUGGUAGUAGCACUCCUCCUCCAGAUUCUUGCGCCACAGCCGUGCGACGCUUUGGUUUGCUACCAGUGUGGCGACGACGCCUUCUGCAACGACCCCUUCAACGCAAACGAUGGCAGAGUUCCUAGGUGCAAUGAUAGUUACUGCUUGAAAAUCAAAUCUGUUAACCGAACUGCCAGAAUGUGUAUACAAAGUAUUGGCUACCUCGGAUGUCUGACCACAACUAUAGAAAGCAAUUAUUCGGUAACAGCUUGCUUAUGCAAUACCGAUCGGUGUAACGGUUCUGUCGGUAGGAAGUUUCUAUCUCUCUCGAUUCUUGUUCUCGUUGGAAAUGUUUUCAGCUUUCACGUUUACAACUACACGCUCCUCGCUCCCUUCCCUGUUUGUGUCGGCGAUCCUGGUCGUCCUCUUUUCGAAGCAAUCGGAGCAGUCAGCUGCAACGAUCAGCUGCUACAAGUGCAAUGGCACCGAAGCUUACUGCAACGAGCCCUUUCAGCCCUCAGACGUCAGAAUCAAAAUUUGCAAGGGCAAAGUUUGUGCAACCACUACAACAAUAGUCGAAGCAAGGUGACUGAUUUUAAGGAUGAACAUUUUUGGUCAAACUUGCAGGCGAAACGUUGUAUUACAGAUCAUGUCUGUGGAAACCUCCUCUAUUCAGCAGCUGCCAAACAAUGGAUGUCGAUGGAAGCUCUGUUACUACUUGCGUCUGCAGAACAGGAGUUGUCAUUGAAGCUGGGCACUUUAAUUUACGAGGUGAAAAUUUAUGCUUAUAUUUUGAUCAAAUUCGAUGAUAGAAACUUUCCGGCAUUCCUCUUAGUAACCACCACCCUUCUUAACCUCAUCAACAAACCACAACCAGUUCAAUCUACCACCUGCUACAAUUGUUUUUCCAUCAACUUUGGAUUCUGCCAAGAUCCCUUCAACGUCAGUCAUCCAAGAGUCCGGACUUGUGAUGGUGCUUGCUGCAUCAAAGCUACCGGAACAUCGUUCGGUAUGGCGGUAGUGGCGAGGUAUUGCUUACCAAUGGCUAAUUUUAUCGGCUGUCGUACCUCUGACGUAUUCGGUGGACCGACUACCGUUUGCACUUGCGAUACCGACCUUUGUAACGGUUCUGUCGGUACGAUGUCUGCAUCUCUGCUAAUCGAAAUUAUCAAAGCCAAAAUGAAUUCCCAAAAAUCCAUCUUAUCCACCGUAUCAUCAAUACCAUCGGCCAAAAUGGUCUCCAUAUAUCUUCUGGCAGUUUUCAUGUUGGCAUUUCUGGCGCCUACAACAGAAUCGAUAAAUUGCUAUCAGUGUGGUGAGAAUGAUAAGCACUGUGUUGACCCAUUUGACGGCAAACAAUCGAAAGUAACAAACUGCACCGAUGGUGUCUGCAUUAAAGAAUUUAUUAUGAUGCUGGUUAGUACGUUUUAG